AUACAUUAUAUUUAGUGAUAUGAAUGUACAGUUGUGAUAAAUAUGAGGAAUAUUCAUUCUUACAGAUUAUUCGGCACACAUUAGUUUUUUUAUACCAUAAUUGCCAUUAAUUUUAAGUUUUUAAAUAUUUUAAAUUAUUUGGACUUGAAUGUUUAUUUUUAAUGUUGAGUGCAACGUUAUGCAUUCCCUCCGUUCAUUUCAUUUUAAUUUAAUGUCUUGGUUGAAUGGAUACUAAUUGGCAGGGAAAGGAGUAUUCUUCUUUUAAUUUGAACCCUUAUGGAACUGAGCUUGUAUCAAAUGAUUUUCAGAGGUGUAAAACCGCCCCUAUGGAUCACUCUGAAAAGGUCAACUUGUCUGGCUUAGAUCAGAGUUUACAGAUGGGAAAAUCUGACUUGGAUGAAACUGUACUUAGAAAUAUUAUGUACUGUUAUGAAUUCCUAGAGUCAGCUGAUAAGGAAUACAUUAAUUCUGCUGAGGCUGAGGAGCAAAUUCGGAGAGUUAGGGAUGAAAAUCCUCCACUUUUUGAGCUAUUACUUGGUGUUUUGCAGGCAGUUUCUGAAUUUGAUUCCAAUGAUUCUGAUAUCGCAAAGAAUCUUUUUAUUAAACGACUUCGUGAUCACAUCAAUAGCCUCAACCCUGAUGAUGAAUCUUCUGUUCGUAGCCUUAAAAAUCGGUCUAAUCCCAUUUCCGACUAUUUCAAAUUAGUGAACUCUUUUGGAAGUCCUGGAAAUUACCAAAAUUUGGAUAAAAAUAACAUUUUGGAAUCUGUGAACUACUUCCUUCAGUCAAAUUUAUCAGUGAACUCAGCAGAUUCAAUUCCUGAUUCUGAAACUGUUUUUUACCCUAAGUCAGAUUUAUACUCUUACAAAAACCAACCAAAUGAUCAAUUACUGGACAAUUUAGGGAAAGAAUCUAUUUUGAACCCUUUCGAACAAGUCAAUUCUACUCCUUAUGUAAAUGCUUCUAAUGACUCGGUUGAAAAUCAACAUGAAAAGGUGAACAAAUUUGAAAACGUAAACGAUUACAUUAAAGUUCUGAAUUCAAGUUCCAAUGUCAAUGAAUACAUCAUAUUUAACUAUAAUCAGCAGCUGAACUGGGAAGAGACCUUGAGAGAACUUUGUUAA